UACUGAACGAAGGCCGCCAUUUUGUUUCGUCCUUGAAAGUUGUUGGUAGAUUCGUCUUGGUUUUUGGAAGUAGUAUGGAUAGUGCUGUGACGCCUCACCUGUAAUGUGAUAAAAACUCCUUAUUACUAUCCUUAAAUACACUCUAUACUCAAGUCUCGAUGUCAGAAUCAGAAGACAAUUCCCAGCUCAAUUUCUUUAACUUUGGUGCAUGGAAUAGUGGAUGCAACAUGGAACUAAUCAAUAAUGAUAUUUGGCCCUUAAAUUCAGGCCCAUUUCUUGCUCAUUCAAAACUUAGUGGCCUAGGUCUUUCAACUGUUAAUAAACAACCAGAAAAAUUAUCUGGAGAUUCCAAAUUUGACAGUACAAAUUCCCUUUCUUGGUCACCAAACAACCCUCUUUUGCGACCUCCAAAUAAAAUGUCUAUUUGGUCAAGUGGUUUGCACUCAUCGGAGAUGAAACCUUCAGGAGCUUCCAACCCAUUAUGGGGAAAUUUAACCAAUCAAAAUGACCCACUUGUUUCAGAAGAUAUAUGGGAUUCAUCCCAUGACCCAAUAUUUCACAUGCCUAGAAUUAGUAAUGAAUUAGAUUCUUGGAAGCUGGACCAUCCUCAGUGUCUUGGAUCACCAACAGAUGCACCUACAACUGUCGGCGAUUCUGAUCUCGUUAACAGUCACAGGACUUUGGAAUUACCUCAAUCCAACAACAAUAGUAAUAGCAACCUCCCCGACGUUACCGCAAUGCUUUCUGGAUUAACUGUUAUGCCCAGAAAUUCUGACGACUCAACUGCUCAUACUAAAACAGCCAUAGGCUCUGCCAAUGAAAAUGAAUCGACAAAUCAGGCAUUUUCAACAGAACAAUUAUGUGACCGAUUAAUCAACACUAAUGAAGGUUGGGGUCGAAGACCUAUUGACCAAGCAACACCAUGGGAACCACUGGAUUCAAAGUUGAAUGACCAAAUAAAUCGUAGUGGUAUUACGACACCUACACCAGGUGCCUGCUCUUCUGGAUAUUUGUCUGGGAAUUACAAGAUGCCCUCACAAGCUCACACAUCCGAUUCCAAUGUAUGGACUAGUGAACCACCAACAGGGACAGGGAUAUGGGAAAUGCAUUAUGAAAGCCUAGGUGGUCGUUCAGCUGCUUGGCAAACAGAGUCACAGUCUUCAGUCUUUCGUGACAUGCCAUCUGUUGCUCAAGUUAACCCUAACCAUAUGAUGAAUUCUAGUCUUAAUAUUAAUCCUCGACCUGCUCCACAACUGCAGCAUAAUCGUUCUAGUGAUUGUCGAGAAUGGGAAGAUAAUGAGAGUAGAUUGUCUAAGAACUGGAAUAUCGGCUUAUCAGGCCCUCCCGAUCGCAACAAUUUGUUGUGGAACGCGCCUAUAGGUGUCACAGAUACUGAAGACCAACUCGGUGGAAGUGCGUUGCAUAGAAGACAGCCAGUGACUGUUUCCCAUCCGGAAGCCGUUUGGAAUAGUGCGAAUACUGUUCAUCCGUCCAGUGGUCGCCCGGUGCUCGGUGGAACUCGACCUAUACUCUCAACACAUAACCAACCAGAGGUUGAUACUUGGGACGGUGAUUCAAGUUUUAUGCGAUCUAAUAUGAAUCCAAACGGUGGUAUGGUUUCGUGGGAUACUUCAUCCAAUAGUAUGAUUGGUGCAAAUUGGGGGAAUCCAGGAAACUCUGGUUUACUUAAUUCCAUGCAAACACAAUUGCCUUCUGCUUCAGACGACAUCAGACGUCAGCAUAACUACAUGGGUUCAAUUUCAGUUACUCAGGGAUCUGAUCGACUACAAGUUCAUCCAUACAGCAAUACUUACCGUGCUGAUCUAGUUAAAUAUUUAAUGAGUCAAGGUUUUAAGAAAGAGGAUGCACAUGCUGCACUGAUUGCUUGUAAUAUGGAGCCAGAAAAAGCCUUAUCUGAAUUACGUGAGCGUUACAGCACCAAUAGGACCAUGACACAACCUUCAGAAAUUAAUCGUAAUUACGGAGUUAAUGGUGCAUCAUCAUCAUCAUCGCACACAGGAACAAGAAAUGGACCAAUGCAUCAAUUGUCAAAUGAUACUUCAUUAUCUCAGUUAUCACUUUCAGGAAAUAACUCGACUCCUUCUGCACAAAAUCAUCGUUUAAAGCAGUCAGGACCAUGUGUUACUACACAAAGUAAUACAAACCAAUUACUGUCGUCUAUGCAGCCAGUACCUAAUUCUCAAUUAAUGAGACAACAGAUCACUCAACAGGUUCGUUCUGCAUUAAAUCUUCCACUACCGAAUCCAUUGGGUGUACAAUUAAAUGGAAAUAGUUCAGUAGGUACUUGUGGUGGUUCACUUUUAGGUCAACCACCACCGCCUUCUUUAUCAAAUGUUAACCUAAAUACUCCAAUUCCACCGUCUACGAAUAACGCACAUCCACUCACUGGUGGUGGUGGUGGUUUACCGCCUACAACUACUCUAGGUCCUGCUAAGAAUAUUAACAGUAAUAUAAAUAACAAUAAUACUAAUAAUAAUCGCACACCAAUUGGGUCAGUAGCAGCUUUUAACCAAAAUCCAGCAAAACGGUCACCUCGUCAAUUAUCUAUCAUUAAUUCAAUAAUUGAUUUGCAAAAGAAACAUCAGAGCAUUCAGCAUCAAUUGACAGUAUAUCAUAAUAACCCGGCGCUUCGUUCUCAACCUCAGUAUGCUGAUGUGUUUGUUGAGCUACAGGGUCAGAUGCAGCAAAUCGAGACUCAACUUCACGCAAAACGCGCACAGCUUAAUUUAGCUCGCACACAAGAACCAGGAGCACAAUCGGUGGUACGGCCACCAUUGUUACCACCAAAUGGUACUGAUGUUGCCGAUAACUCUUUUCCUGCUAUCGGUACAUGGAUGUCUCCUUCACCAAAUUGUGGGGAGAAUUUCGAUAAAACCUUGACAGAUGGUCCAGGUUCAAAGUCAAAUCAUUUUUCGCGUACUGGAACAACUGGCAAAGCUUCUAAUAAUAAUAAUAAUAAUAGCAGUGGUGGUAAUAACUGGUCACCUACAUGGUCAACAUCAGUCAACAAUACAACUAAUCCCACAAUGCGCACCAAUCAUGCUCAAUGGCAGCAGCACCAGCAAGCUAACAACAGCAACAGUAAUAAUAAUAAUAGCAAUAACAAUAACAGCAACAACAACAACUGUCAAAUUCGUCCUAAUUUAGACAAUAACAUAAAUUUUCCGGUGGUAAAAAAUAAUUCUUUAGGUAAUCUUCACGGUGCUAAUGAGAUGCAAGGUCAAUGGUUAUUAGUACAACCAUUGAUAGGAUUGCCUGGACCUAGCAUACAUAAUCUACAGAAUAUUUUAUCAACACAUUUCAAACUGACAAGUUUUCAUGUUCUAAAUCCAAAUACAAAUAGUGUAUUAAUUCGCCUUCAUACUAUGGAAGAGACAAUGCAAUUGAUUAAAACUUUCGGUGAUCGUUUAGCUCUUGAACCAUUGUCAGAUUUGGAUGCUCGUGUUCACUUACAACAAAUAUCUCUAAACACUUGUUCAGAUGGUUUGACCUCAUCAUCAUCUAAUCAGUAUAAUGCAUUAUCAGAUAUGCACACCAAUUGGAAUAAUACUACUACUAUGAAUAAUAAUAAUAACGGCCAGUUCUAUGCUUUAAAUUCCAUCAAUAACAACAACAACAAUAGCAAUAAGAAGCCUAAUCAUCAAAUCUCUCGUUUUGGAAUAACCGUAUGCGGAAAUAAGUAGUAGAAGUAGUGUAUGACUGCUGUUGUCGUUGUUGUUUUACGGAAUCUCAUUCCUUCGGAAGGAUGUCUUCCAGUCUGAACGCGCCGCUUGUGCUUUCAGAUUUAUGCGUCUGCAGUGCAGCUAAACUUAUGACAAUUAAUGACAUACACACACACACAAAGUAGUAAGAGAAGUAUUAUCGAAUUCAACAGAAAGAAAACACAACAUUAUUCUUAUUAUGCUCAACUUUUACCAGAGUGAUGAACAUAUGUAGGAGAAGAAAUCGCAUUAUACUUUCUCACUCACUCACUCAUUCACACAUAUGCUGCUCCGUCUCUCCCUCUUUUUUGUCCUCUUUUCUACUAGUUAAUUCUUUCUUGCUGUGCCUAUGACUAUUCUGUGAUCCAGUGUGUAUGUGUGUUUAUUAAUUACAAUCAUGCCGUUUUUCGAAUUGUUAAUGCGUGUGCGUGUGUGUGUGUGUGGAUCAAAACUAGUCAGAUUUAUUGCCUUGCUGUUGUUGUUCUUGUUGAUGGUGGUGAUGAUGAUGAUGAUGUGUUGAUAAUGACGAUAACGAUAAUUGUUGAUUGUCAUCUUUUUUUAAAAAAUUAAUUAUUAUUACCUAUUAUCAUAAUUGUCCAUAUCUCUUAACACCCAACCCCGUACUUAUUGUUCGUCCAUCUGCAUAGAAUAACAUAUUAUACCUCAAUUGCCUUCCACACUGCAUCCUCUUCCUCAUAUUUCUUCUAUGUGUGUGUGUGUGUGUGUGUGUGUGUUUGUGCUCUAGAUCUCUGUAUGUGUCUGCUUGUUAAAAAAACAACAUUUUUUUUCAAUUUCAUGGUACUGUUUUUUCUAAACUCUGUCUAAUUUUAGCAGUCUUUCAUUUAUUUAUGUGUGUGUGUGUGUGUUUGCUCGUCUAGAUUCAGCAGCCUUUAUUUGUUAAACUUGAUUGUUUGUAAGUCUACUCGCCUACUUCUUCUAUUCCUCCUCCUACACAAUGUACUCCUUACACAGACACCUUCCUUUCUGUACAGAGGCUUCCAAAAGCAUCCAGUAUACAUGUAUUUAAGCUUUUCACUUAUUCUUAUAAACAAUUGGGUGGUGUUAUUCUGCUCUACUGGUUUACAUUUACAUUAUUAUUGUAUUUAGACUGUCGUCCUAAUGAUGAAUACAUUUCAUUUAUGAUAGACUUUGUAGACUAUAUACAUAACUGAAAAUCUUACCUCUUUCUCUCGUGUGUAUACGUGACAUACUCCUAUCUGUCUGUCUGUCUGCAUGUUUGAUUUUGCUCUCAUUUCAUUGGGCGUGAUUAAAACAAACAUAUGAAGAUAAUGAUGCCAGCAGUUGUUGUACUACUACUGCUACUACUCUGUGUUCUUUUCUUCCGCCUUAUAUAAAUAGUAGUAUACGUAUACAUACACAGAUCAUGUCUUUUUGGGCUGAAAAGACUCCAACUGUGAUGUAUUACACGUGUGUUAUGUGCUCAUUGUAUUUGUGUAUUCUUUCUUUCUUUCUCUCUCUCUUUACUCUUCACACACACAAGUUGUGUGUUUGUCUCUGUAUGCGUUUCAUCCCUCCUGAAUUCGCAUAUUUAUUAAUUAUGUACUCUGAUCCUUUUCGCCUGCCCCCAGCCAUCCGGCCAGCUAUCGCCUUUGUCUCCUUGACAAGAAAAAUAUACACCAAGAGAGAAGCUACUCAGACCGGUGCAAUAUAUAUACCCUAUAUAUGUGUAUGUGUUCCUCCUUUAUCCCUUGAAAAAAAUUAAUUUAUCAACUCUCUCUGUGUGUUUGUGUGUAUUGCCGUCUGUUUACACCUACCUCUGUGGGAUGAAGAAUAAAUAGCAUUACCCCCCCUCUCCAUCAACCUUUUAUUUUCUCAUAUUUUAGUGCUAAUGUAUGUUUAUACUCUAUUGUUGUCUAUCUGUGUUUUUUAUGUGUGUAUGUGUAUUUGUAUACUGUGACAUGUGCUGUAGAGUAGAGUAGAGUGGAGUGGAGUAGUUAGACAAAAAUAAUAAUAAUCCGUUCCAUUGACAAAGUUGUUGCGCACACAUUGAACUUUGUUCACCAUUUACCACUAACUACUAUUACACUGCUACUGUUGACAUCAACAACAACACCACCACCAAUAGUGUUGUUGUGUAACAAUUAUUAUUAUUGUAAGGUGGGUCAUUAUUCAAUUCCUCCACUUCGAAAUGAUAAAAUUGGAUGGAUAUAUAUAUUAUAUUUUUUCCGUAGUCUCAGUCCCAUUUUUUUUUCUUGUGCGUGCAUAUCUAAACUGGAAAUUAUAUAUACAUGCGCAUACAUACAUACGUAAAUUUAUACGUGUAUUUCUUUUAUUUUCUUCAGUGGUUUUGUCUUGUCUAGACUAUACAUAUAUAUGGUUCUUCAUUAUGCUGUGCGUGUGUAUGCCUGUUUGCUCGGGUGUUUAUCUUUAUUCCUAUCCUUAUAUGGUGUUCAGUUAUUUUUUAUAAGUCAACCCCACUCUCCUCUUUAUUAUCAAUAUUGUUAUCAUAAACAGUAAAUACGAAAAUACAUUUCCAAUCACAAAAUGGCCAUUUAUAUAUAUACAUAUGUAUGAAUGUGUGUAUAAGCAUUCACGAACCAUGUUUUGAUCGACUUUAUUGCAUUCAAGUUCACAAUCUUAUUAUUGUUAUUAUUAUUACUAUUAUUGUUGUUGUUAUGGUUAUCAUUAAUUAUUUCUAGCACACAAUGGUGUAUGUGCGUGUGCGUGUAUUGUUCCCGUGGAAAAAGGGAAAACCGAAGAAGUGGAACAAAACAAACAUGAUUAGAUUUUUCAAAUUGUGUCUAGUUAGUUUCAGCUCAAAAUCGUUGUCUUCUUCUGGGCUUUUUUUCCUACUACUGCUCCUCCUCCUUCACGACCACGUCCACCGAUAUAUUUUUUCGCAUUCACAUCUCUUUUUGAGUCAAAUGUUGUUUAAGCAAAUUAGAGACUUUCCAUUUCUCGAUACAGACAUGUCUAUUUUUGUGUUUUCGAAUUCUGAAUAAAAAUAAUAAUAAUUAUAGUAGUAAUAAUGACAAUAAUAAUAAUUCUGGCUGUUUACCCCCCAACCAUUACAAUCCAUUUCGAAAUUAGUCUUUCUACGAGUUAUGCUACUUACUAUUCAUGUCCUUUAUAAUAAUGAUGAUUGCAUUUUUCCUCUCUCUCUCUCUCUUUGUCGUCCUAUCAUGAAUACCAACAAGUCUUAGAUUGUAUACUUAUUUUCUUUUUCUUGAUUUUGCGGUCACUCUUCCCUUUCUUCUUCAAAGCGUUUAAAGUGUAUUUAUCAUUUAUACAUAUAUCUAUCUAUGUAUUUCUAUGUGUGUAUCAUCAAAUAGUCGAUUUAUGUCAUCCAUCACAACGACUAGGAUAUAGUAUCGUAUGGUGUGCGUGCGUGUGUAUGUUUAACUGAAGUCAUGCAUCUUUACACCCCCCCAUCUUUCUACUGUUGUCUCUGCUUAUUAUAAAUUUAUUACCUCAUUCCGGUGCAAAGAAAGUACUUAUACAAGAUAUAUCUAUAUAUAUCUCUAUACAUGUGUUGCCAAAUUUUCUCUGUAUCUCUUCUUCUUCUUUCAUACUUGUGUUUUUUUGUUCCCGUCUCUUCUUUCCAAUUUCUACUGAAAUAGUAGAAAUAAGAAAAUAAUAAUGCCUUUAAAAGUGUGUUUUAUUUAACCUGUGUAGUUAAAACAAAAACACAUUUGUUUUUUUUUUUUCAACCAACUCUUCUUAUAUAUACACAUUGAGUGUGUGUUUAUUAUUGAUUUCAACCUGUGAUCAGAGAGCGAUUUUUUGUCGUUGUUGUUGUUGUAGUACUUUCACUAAUAAUAGUAAAAAUGAGCAUCUAUUGUUGUUUAUACAUAUAUUAAAAAGUCAAUAUUUUCAUUCCAUUUCUGGGUAUUGUUAUUAUCUGUGGGUGAUGGUGCUGGUGCCAGUGUGUGUCAGUAGUACUGAUUCACAGUGAUGAAUGUCAUUUUAGUCUCGUUGUUAUCCGUCAUCACCUCCUCCUUCUUGUUGUUCUCUCGCUUUUUUUUCUAUUUGAUGAAUGAACAACGGAUGGAUAUUAUAUUAUUCCCUAUUAUGUCUUGAUGAUACUGCUACCCCCUCUCUCUCACUCUCGAUAUAUGCGCGCUGCUAGAGUAGUAGUAAAUCUUUGCAAAAACAACAUUUCCAGGGAUCCAACAUAUAUACAUACAUACAUACAAAUGUAUUUUGUGAUGUUUUUCUUGUGCCUGUGCUAACUAACUCCUAAUUAUAAACAGACUAGCCAUUAUAUUUCAUAUCACAUGUGUGCUUCCAAUUGAGUCUUAUUGUUAUUAUUUACAAUUGUUAUGUAUACAACAUAUAUAUACAUGCCUGUUGAUGAUGAUGCUGAUAAUGACAAUGACGAUGCUGUUGAUAAGGAGGAGAAUGAUUCUUCAACGCUUUCUUCAGAGUUUAUUAAUAUACACACAGCUGAGAUGAGAAAUAAAAGGAAUGCCUAGUGGAUUCACAGUCAUUCAGCCACUCACCCACCCACUCACUCACUGGCACAUAUACACACACAAGACGCAAUCAAAGUAUUUCUUUAUAGUAUUCAAUAACGAAAAAAACACACACAAACAAACAGACAAGAUCAACAAUAAACAAUUUGGUUGUGUAUACACAUAUAUAUCUACAUAUGCGUUUUAUUAUUAUUAUUAUUCCAAAAAAGCAACAACACCAUGGAUCUAUCUAAUCUCUAAUCUAAUGUGUUUUUUCUCUCUUCUAUUAACAUAUCUAUAUCAUAACUGCUCACAAAUCAAUGAAGAGUAUCCUCUAUCUGGUGAAUCUUCUCUUUAUAUACUACACAUUGUGUAAUGAUGCUUCAUUGGUGGUGUGGUGGUAGAAUAAUAAUUAUUAUUAUUUUUUGUUUUUGCUUUUUUUUCCAAUGUGGUCUGAACUUGUCGAUUCUUUCACCAUGUUGUACAACACACACGCACGCACAUGCGUGUUAUUCUUUUCCAGUUUGAGUUGUCUCGAUUUAUUCUUGUUCUCUGUCUUUUCUCUGGUGUUUUUUGUUGUUUUCUUUUCAUUACUUUUGUAUCCGCAUAAUCGUGUGUUUUUGUUUAUUUUUUCUUAAGAUUAUCGUCAGCAACAACAACAACAAAGAAAAAGUAUUAGAAUUUAUUUUGUAGAUUUUUGUUGUUGUUGUCGCUGUACUCUCUCUCUCUCUUCUCUUUCACAGAUAUAGCACAGCAGUUGGAUAGUCCGUUUAUCCUCACCCCUUCUUCUCCUGCUCCUCCUUCUCUUCCGUCGCCUCUUAUUACAUGAAACACACUCUGCUAAGCGUGUUUUGAUCAAGUUGCAUCGUACCUCUUCUUCGUCUUUUCACUUCGUUUUUUUUGUUGCUCUUACAGACAAUGAUGAAUGCUAAUUAAAACUAAAAAUAUAAUAAUCCAGUAAAGCAUUACGGUGUCAUUUAAUCGUCACCAUUUACUAUGAGCAUUGUGUUGUUUCGGUCAUAUAUUCAUCUCUUCUGCAUCAUUAAAAUUAGGAAUAUUUUCUAGCCAAACAAACCUACAAAACAUACUCAGCUGGUUCCAGGGACCUUGGUUUUUCAUUCAAGGGAAAGAAGAAAAAAUAAAGAGAAAUUUCACACAGUAUAAUAAUAAUAAUGCCUCUUUUUGUUUUCCGCUCAUUCCUGUUUUCUUCUUUAUUUUCCAAAUUAUGUCAACAAUAACUGUGUGUUUUUCCUUUUUUUUAAAAAAACAGAAAAAUUAGAAAGAUUUAAGAAGAAGGUGAUUUUCCGUGUGUUGUUCUAUUUGUGUUCUGGUGAAUUACUCUGUUAGUACUACUGCUUAUACUGGUAUUCUCCUUCACUUCUUUGUCGUUAUUAUUAUUAUUACUAAUACUAUUAUUGUGUAUGUGUGUGUGUGUUUGAGGCUAGCUCAGCUUUUUGCAACUGUGAAACUUGCCAAAUUAUUUUGUGCGCCAAGUCAUCUCAAACAAAAAUGUAUCCGUGUGUGAAUGUGUGUCGUCCGUUCAAUUUAAAUUCUUCAGUUAAUUCUUCUUUUUUUCUCUCUCUCUCUGAGUCUUUAGUAAGGUUGUUGCUGUGCCCCCCCCGAAGGGUUUGGGUGCACACAAAUGCGUGUGUGUGCAUGUACGUGUGCCUCACCAUUGGAGGAGUGUGGUGUGGUGUGAAUCCCGAUUCCAAGGGGGAAUUGAAAUUCUUGUUUAAAUGUUUUGGUUUCAUAUAAUGGUCAUAUCAUAAUGAUGUAUGCUUUUUUCUAUUAUCAAGUGCUUGCUUGUCAAGAAGUUAUCUA